UUCUCUCUGUCUGAAUCUCGUUUAGGAUUUCCCUUCGUGGUUCAUGUCUGGUUUGAUACAAUGGCAUCAGUACCAUGUUCCUUCAAGCUCUCUGCUCAUCCCAGAUCUUCUUCCAAGCAUGAUGGAAACUACAAACAGUGUAGUAGCUUAGUAGAAAGACUCAGAGACAAAACGAAGAGUCAAGUUCCUAAGUCCAUUACUUGCAACAACCGCUUGGAGAUAUUGCGUAUAUCGCCAUUACACGCAACUAUGAAUAGCCCGAGAGGCUUUGGACCUCCUCCUAAGAAAAUCAAGAAGUCUAAAAAGCCGAAACCCGGUAACCAAAGUGACAAAGAGGACGACGAUGAAGACGAAGAUGAUGAUGAUGAUGAAGAUGAACGUGAGAGAGGUGUGAUUCCAGAGAUAGUGACCAACAGAAUGAUAAGCAGAAUGGGAUUCACUGUGGGUUUACCAUUGUUCAUUGGUCUUUUGUUCUUCCCAUUCUUUUACUAUCUCAAAGUGGGAUUGAAAGUUGAUGUUCCUACAUGGGUUCCGUUUAUUGUUUCGUUCGUCUUCUUUGGUACGGCUUUAGCUGGUGUGAGCUAUGGGAUCGUGUCGUCGAGCUGGGAUCCGUUGAGAAAAGGAUCGUUGUUAGGCUGGAAUGAAGCUAAGAAGAACUGGCCUGUCUUUUGGCAGUCUUUUAGGAAUUCCUCAGACAAGAGAUAGACUAAGCAAUGAAAGCUCCUUUGGUCUCGUCUUUGAGAUUGAUUAUUCAAAAGUCUCAUGUAAAUUUUGCUGAGAAUUUACUUUGGAGAUUUUCUAUCGAUGGGCUCUUAUACAU